AUGUUGAAGAAAGAUAUUAACGCUGAUGUUAUUAGUCGUCUUUCAAAAGGAUUAUUUGACCCAACUUCAAUAGGCCUAAGUUCAGAUUUUUUACUUACAAAGUUGACGAAAGCUAAAGGAUGUGGUUGUAAAGUUAAAAGAGACAUUCUUCUUAAACUUUUAAAAAAUUUAGAAGGAGAUGUUGAAAAUGUUGAUAAUGAAAUUGGAAUUGGACUCGAUUGUGCUGUUACACCAUUGAAAUAUAAAGAUAUGUUUCUUGUUGAAACAACUGAUUUUUUUUAUCCUUUAGUUGAUGAUCCUUAUCUUCAAGGUAGAAUUACUAUUGCAAAUGUUCUUAGUGAUUUAUUUGCUAUGGGAGUUACUGAGUGUGACAAUGUUUUGAUGCUUCUUGGUGUUUAUCAAGAUUUUAAUGAUAAUGAAAGAGAUAUUGUAAUUGAAGAAUUUAUGAAAGGAUUUAAGGAUGGUGCUACAAUUAUUGGUACAAAAGUUCGUGGUGGGCAGACAGUUAAAUGUCCUUGGCUUUUGUUAGGAGGUACUGCUUCAUCUGUUCUUAUGAAGAAUGAAUUUUUGGAUGUUAAAAGAGCUCAACCAGGUGAUUUAUUGGUUUUGACAAAACCAAUUGGUGGUCAAGUAGCUGUAAAUACAUAUGAAUGGAGUAAAAUUAAUAAAGAACGAGUUGAAAGUUUAAACAUUAAAAAUAUUGAUGAAAAAAUUGUUGAAUCAUACAAACAAGUAUGUGAACAAAUGUGUCGAUUAAAUAUCAAUGCAGCUAUUUUAGCUAGAAAAUUUGAUGCUCAUUCUUGUACAGAUGUGACAGGUUUUGGUAUAUUGGGACAUGCAGAUAAUUUGGCUAGAGCUCAAAGAAAUAAGGUAAAAUUUGUGAUUGAAUCAAUUCCUACCAUAAAAAAUGUUAUGGAUAUUGCAAGAAGUAUGCCAGGUGGAAAUGGAUUUAAUUUAUUUUCUGGAACUGCAGCUGAAACUUCAGGUGGUUUAUUAAUGGCAAUUAAUCCAGAGAAGGCAAAAGAUUUUAUUGAAGAAUAUAAAGCUGUAGAUGGUUUUCCUGCUUGGAUCAUAGGCAGAGUAGUAGAACAAAAUGAUAGGCCAAUUAAUUAUGCAAUUAUUUCUGAUGACUGUAAUUUUUUUGAAACUAAUAUUAAUUUUUAA